UGACAAUAUUCCAAUAAAUGAAUGGAAUUAUUGGGAAAAUACUUGGCCAGUGAUGCUGAUUGACUUUUCCAGAGCACGAAUAUUCCUGUGGUUCAAAUUUCCCAAAUUCCUUGGAUAUCCAGCUGAGAAGAGCUGGGAUCCAGCCAUGGCUGGCAUGGAUUCCUGUGUGUUAAUUAAGAAUUCCUGCUUUUUUAGUGACUCCCACUGGACUGGAGGGCGUUUCCCUGGGAGAGGAGGCCGGGAAGAGCGAGCUGAUGAACGAGGACAUCCGGAUCCAUUCCUGGCCCUGCUCCUACUACCUGGACAGCAGCAAGCAAUGGAUCCCUGGGAAGCUCUCCCUGACUCCCCUUUCCAUCCAGUUCAGAGCUGACAAAACAGGAGAGCUCCUGGUGGAUUUCCAUCUUUCUGGGAUCAGCGAGAUCAAGAAGGAAUCUUCCCAUUUAAUCUUCAGCUCCCUCACCAUCCUGGAGAAGGGCACCAAGCACUGGUUCAGCUCCCUGCAGCCCAACAGGAAUGUGGUGUUCAACAUCCUGGAGCAUUUCUGGAGGGAGCAGCUGGUGUCCAGGCAGGAGGCUGGAGCAGGAGCAGCCUUGGAAUCCAGCAAGGGCAAGGAAUUAACAGGAAUGUUGGAGGGAUCCCAGAAACGCCUGGAGGACACGGCCAAGGUGCUGCAUUCCCAGGGGGAGCAGUUUGAUAACAUCAUGAGGGGGCUCCACAAGAUCGAGGGGGACAUGGAUGUGGCUGACAGGCUGUUGACAGAGCUGGAAUCUCCUUCCUGGUGGCCCUUCAGCACCAAACUCUGGAAAACCCCUCUGGAAUCGAAACCGAAGGAAACCCCGGCAGCUCCGGAUCCCAAAAAGCAGGAAGAAAUCCUGCUGAGAAUUCCCGUCAUUAUCACCCACAGGACAGAUUCCAACUCCAAACCAGGAAAACUCACUCUGCUCCCCUCAGGCCUGGAGAUCAGGGAUUGCAAUUCCCAGCUGCUGCAGCGCUUCGAGUGCCGGGAGGUGGACGAUAUCCGGGUGCACAGCCCCUACGAGAUCAGCGUCCGGCAGAGGUUCAUCGGCAAACCCGACAAUUCCUUCCGCCUGCUGGCGGCCCGCAUGCCCGAGGCCAUCCCCCUCCUGGAGAUGCAGUUCAGCAAGAAAAUCCAGUUUCUGGAAGAUGCUCUUGGGUUUGCUGGAGCCAGGAAAUCUCCUCAGUUGGAUUUGGGGGCGUCCAUCUGGCAGGCAGCCAGUGGAUUCCUGGGAGCGACGGCAAAUCCCGGAAUUCCGGCGGGAAGCGGCGAAGGGACGGACAAGGAACAGGCGCAGCUGCAAAAAGUUUCCCAGGAAGAAGCCAAGGAGCUCAGACAGAUCCUGCAGAAGCUGAAGGGGCUGGCGCUGGAGACGGAGGCGGAGCUGGAGAGGCAGGACGAGGCGCUGGAGUCCAUCGGCAGCUCCGUGGAUCGCGCCACGCUCACCGUCGAGCGGCAGAGCCGGCGCAUGAGGCGGCUGACGUAACCCCGGGGCAGCGGGGCAGGGGCCGUUCCAGACACGCCUGGGGAGGGGUUUGGGAUGGCGAUGGGAAAGUGGCAGUGCUGGGGGUGAGUUCCUGAGAGGGGUGAAGUGGUUCCAGGACUUGGAUCGUGGUUGGAUCUUGGAUCUUGGUUGGACCUUGGAUCUUGGUUGGACCUUGAGUGAUGGUUGGACCUUGAGUGAUGGUUGGACCUUGAAUGAGGUUUGGAUCUUGAAUGAGGUUUGGAUCUUGGAUGAGGGUUGGAUCUUGAAUGAGAUUUGGACCUUGAAUGAUGGUUUGGUCUUGGUACAUGCUUGGGUCUUGGUACAUGCUUGGAUCUUGGUACAUGCUUGGAUCUUGAAUGAGGUUUGGAUCUUGGAUCAUGGUUGGAUCUUGAGUCAUGGUUGGCUCUUGGAUGGUUGGCUCUUGGAUGAAGUUUGUAUCUUGGAUGGUUGGAUCUUGGAUGAGAUUUGAUUACAGUUGUACCUUGGAUGGUGUUUGGAUCUUGGAUCAUGGUUGGACCUUGGAAGAGGUUUGUACCUUGGAAGAGGUUUGGAUUUUGGAUGGUUGGAUCUUGGAAUGUGGUUGGACCUUGAAUGAGGUUUGGACCUUGAAUGAUGCUUGGAUCUUGGAUGAAGUUUGGAUCUUGGAUGAUUGGAUCUUGGAUCAUAAUUGGAUCUUGGAUGGUGUUUGGAUCUUGGAUCAUGGUUGGACCUUGGAAGAGGUUUGGAUCUUGAUCAUGGCUGGAUCUUGGUUCAUGGUUGGAUCUUGGAUGGUUGAAUUUUGGAUGAGCUUUGGAUCUUGGAUAAUAUUUGGAUCUUAGAUCAUGGCUGGACCUUGGAUGAGCUUUGGGACCUUUUUUUGAUGGAAAGAUCCAAAUUUCCCAUCAGGAUGAAACAGAACUCGUGAAUUCUCUACUGCAGAACCCUGUAAAUAGGAAGGGAUGUGACAAAACCUGACUUAAUUUAAUUAAUUCACUAAUUAAUGUGCUUUUUCAUGUUGCUGCUUUCCAGCCCAUUAAUUCCCUCUCCAGCUCUUUCCCUAAAAUCCUUCAGAGCUGGUCCUGGUUUUUUUAUUUAUUUGCACUUUGUGGUGAUGAAACAUUUCAAGGCUUUCCCGGAAUUCCUAAAAAAAAGGGAAUAUUUCAGUUAAAGUCUGAAGUUUACACUUGGCUCUGUCGAGAGCAGAUUCCCCCUCCUAAAUUAUUGAUGUUCUGUAGGAAAAAUUCCCAUUUCAUCAAUCCCAACCUUUUCCA